AUGUCUAGGCUCGGGUUCGAGAAAAGUGUCAGUGAGCCUACUCUUUAUGUGAAGAAAUCAGAGAGUGAAACUCUGCUGAUUGUGUCACUUUAUGUGGAUGACUUGUUAGUAACUAGAAGAAAGAUAGAGUUGAUUGAUGAGUUCAAAAUACAAAUGCAGGAUGUUUUUGAAAUGACUAACUUUGGGGAAAUGACAUAUUUUAUUGGCAUGGAAGUAAUUCAGACUGAUCAAGCUAUCUUGAUAAGUCAGUAUUCCUUUGUUUUGAAGAUCCUAAACAAAUUUUGCAUGCCAAACUGCAAAAUUGUUAGCACACCAGUGGCUCAAGGUGAAAAAUUAACUAGCAAUAGCAACCAUGAAAGAGUUUAUGAAAGGGAGUAUAGAAGCCUUGUAGGUUGUCUGUUCUACUUGACAACUACAAGGCUUGAUAUCAUAUUUGAUGUUAGCCUUCUGUCCAGAUUCAUGCAUUACUGCGAUGUUGUUCAUUUUAAAGCAACCAAAAUAGUUCUUAGAUAUGUGAAAGGGACUUUGGAUUAUGGAGUGAAGUUUGAAAAGGCAAAAGAGCUCAAGCUGAUAGGGUAUUGA